AUAUUGCUUGCGUUUUUCCGAUUGCGGCACACGUGCUGUGCUAAGUUGAUUGUGAUAUUUUUUAAAUAUAUUUCUAUUUUGCUGUUAAUAUAGAGUAGCAAUAUAUCUCAUAUUUUGAGAUAAUAAACUUGUUAUUGUUGAAGAAACAUCGUAAUAAAAUUAGACUUUAGUGUACAUGGCAAUGGUUUCUGAAGCCAAGGUGAAUGGUAAUGAUACACCUAUGGAGGUGUUGCCUGCACUGGCAGAGAAGCCAGCUGGCUUGCCACCGGGCAAGUAUUCAUUAGUAGGAUGGGACAUGGAUACAACGGGCAGGAGGCUCAUUGAUGAGAUAUGUCAAAUAGCUGCAUAUACCCCAAAACAGACUUACUCGCAAUAUAUAAUGCCAUAUGGUGACUUGAAUCCAGGAGCGAGACGAAGGCAUAAUGUAAGAGUGGUUACUGUUGGUAGAUAUAGGAUGUUGAAGGAUACUGUUACACAUAAGAUUUUGAAGACAAAGUCUGAAAUAUCUGCCUUAACAGACUUUCUUGAUUGGUUGGAGAAGGAGAAGGGAGAUGGUAGCAUUAUUUUAAUUUACCAUGAACCAAGACGCCUUAGUCCUACAAUGCUUCUGGAAGCCCUUACUCGUUAUAAGCUAUUGGACCGGUUCAAGACAAUAGUGGCUGGUUUCACAGACAGCUACGCCCUAGCUGCGGAGAAGUGCAAGUCGACGGUUAAGUCUGUGUCGUUGCGAGUGCUCGCGCGAGUGUUGCUAGAUGCAGACACGUUGUCCGUGGACAGCGCGCUCGAUAGGGCAACCGCGGCUUAUCGGAUUGUCGAGCAUUUGUCGCAGAGUGAGCAGCAAGAAGUUGGCGGUGGGGGUGAAGGGUCAGCGGCCAGCAAGGACAUGGUGGAAACCGCCCGCGCCUGGGCCAGACCUGUUCACACAGAGUUGGAGGCCUUAGAUAAUCUUAAGAAACUCUUAGAAAGACAGAACACGUUCCGACCGGUGUUCGCGCCGCUACUGCGGCUCGCGCGGCCGGAGCGCAAGCGCGUCACGCAGCUGCGGCGGCUGCUCGCCGACGCGGGCCUGCUGUACGAGCAGCUGCGCGCCGCCUGGCAGGAGCAGCAGGUCGCCGGGCUAGAGAAACAACUGGCAGCGUUGUCGGUAUCGGCUAAAGAAGAGGACAUUAAGGAGCUGAUAGAAAUAUUCGACUGUCACUUUGACCCCGCCAAAGAGCCGAAAGCUCCACAGCCAAGACCCAAUAUCAAAAACCGAACAACGUCGUCAGCGGGCGAGGCAGGCGAGACGGGCGAAGCGGAGGGCAGUACCAGUGAGUCGCAGAAGAGCUCCGAGCAGAACUCGCCCACCAAGACCAACGAUGUGACAGCUAACUCUGAUCAAAAGACAGAAGCGGUGGCCGCAAACUAACAAACUUACUCUUACCAAGCAAGCUUACUCUUAACAUUACUAUCAUUUAGCAUCGGCCAUAGAGAUGUGACAAACAUUUAUUCGUAUUAUACACCUAGGUUAAGUCCACCAUGGAAUUGAAUUAUUUGUUUUGCAUGCAUUGGUGAUCCUGUUUACAUUUAUUUAUUGUUUAUUUUUCUGUUAACCCCCCACAAUUUUUGCUUAAAACUUAGAAACAUGUAGUAAUGAGUGCCUUAGCAACUCAGUAAUAAUAAGAUGUAACGUUUUAUAUAUUCAUUAUGUUGAUGGAGUCGAUUUUAUUUUGUUUUCAGCCAUUUUUGGCGGUCUGUGAAAUAUCAGCUUUGCUGGUUUUAAUAUAAGGGUUGUUGCAAAUAUCGUACUUUUUUUUUGCGCGUGCGAAUAGCUUUUAACUUUUUAUUAGAUAAAGUACAAUUUUACGUACUCCUUUAUUUAUAUAGAGAUGAAAUUGUUUUAUUUAUUUUAAAGAGCAAUUUAAGUAACGGAUGGACUGAUUUUUGCAUCCAAUUUUAUUUAUUUCCUUUUUUUUUCCUUUAUUUUAAAGUAACGCAUUUCGCUAUACUAAUUCGUCGCAUAUUAUACUCUGCCAUAGAGUAAGUUAAACUUUACCACAUACCUUACGAGUGUGUACCUAUUAACUUACAUCUAAUUUA